AUGGACUUAAAUAAUGGUUGGUUUGAAACUUUAAAUUAUCCUGUAAUACACAAUAUUCAAUAUAUCGUCACUAAUGUCAACAAUCCCCCAUACGAUCAUGAAGGUAUGCUGGUGGAUAAUUAUUUCAUAGAAAUAAUAAUCCAGGAUGAACAAAUUUUCUAUUUUUUUUUAGUAUAUAUAG